AUGUCAAAUAAUCAUCAAAAAAUUACAAAAGUAAAUAUACAACAAGGAGUUACGAUGAAAAUUAAAGAUAAAGAAGUUAUAUAUACAUAUGCUCAGAAUGUGAGCUACGAAGUUAAAGAAAAAAAGAAGCCUCAAAUAAAGAAAAAGAAGAAAAGUUUAGAUAUAUCAGAUAAUCUUCCUGAACAGUUUUAUAUAGAUAUAUUUACAGAAUUUCCUGAUGAAGAUUAA